ACUCUCUGCACUUCUCCAUUCACCGUGACACAAACAUGUUCACCAAGCAUAGCCCGCGUCCGGCAGACUCUCGCUCUCAACGGAUGGUGCCCAUCGACUUUGGCCAGGCGGUCUCUCCUCGGCUUGCCGCCCAUGCGUUUCUUCACGGUUUGCUUCGCUCUGGGUAUCCGACGAAGGCAGCGACGUAUGCGAGGAUGAUGAUGGAGCAAGGCAUACGCAUCCGCGCUUCCACGACACAAUCCAUCAUUCAUACGCUCACGCCAAAAUAUGCUGAAUCGCUCAAACUCAUGUCUUUGACGAAUGUCUUCUCUCGGCUGAAAGUGGCGGAAGGUCCAAAGGUCCUGGAGCUACGCUCUAGUCUAAUCGGCGAUCCCUGCACACGGGCAGCUGUCAAACUUUUGGAGAACGCUCGCGUCUGGGGACAGCAGCGCUCGGAGCGCAUGUGGGAGAACGUCAUCAAAACCACAUUGAUGCAGGGCGAGAUCAUAGUCGCCUCGCUGCUCUUCGUGCUCUUGGUCAAGGACUGGGAGCUCCGCAAGGCUCUUGCUGAUGCUGCUCGCGAGCCAGACGACAUAGUACAACCGACCAGUAACAAACAACCUUUUCGUCUCCCACCAGAUGUUUACGCUCGCCGAUCUCCACAUCCGUCGGUGCAAAUCAUGAACCUGAUAUUGAAGGAGAUAGAUAAGGGAUUAUGCAGGACCCCGCAAAGUACCGAGGAUGAAGGAUACAAGGUGAUCCAUUUGCAGGCCCUCGCAAUGUUUGCCAUGCUUUUGGAUACCGGUCAGCUACCCCCUCACUCUAGGGCCGCAGUCAUACGUUUUCUAUACUCCUGUCCCAAGCUCUAUGACUUCGUGUGGAUCAAGAAGCACAAUGGUCGAGCUAUUCGCGUCUGCGCAUAUCCCUACUUCCAGCAGGUCCUCAUGCGCCUGAUCGAGUCUCUUCGUACCCCGUGCAGGAGUAACGGCAUGCGCCUCGAUCUGCGGUCAUACAACGCUCUUCUCUGGUAUGCGCUCCGUCAUCGCCUCUCACCCGAUUUGGCGUCGCGCGUACUGGAUCAUAUGUGCAAGUACAGGGAUCCACCGCUGCAGCCAAACGUAGUCACUUAUAACAUCCUUCUCCGUGCUGGAACGCUCGUGCGGGAGAACGAUAUCAGUGAGACUGCAUUGCAGGCAUUGAGGAGGCACAAACCGAAUCACGAGUACGGUAUCACAGCUGAGCCUCCUGCACAUCGUUCUCGGAAAGCCGAGCAGGAUAUCAAGGUGGAGGAUACAUGCGGAGAUGAUGAGUCCAAGCCGCCGACGGUCUUCUUUGCUGGCUUGCGCCGGCUCGCGACAGAGCAAAUGCGGGUACCAGAAUCGACCUUCCUUUCUCCCACUUUGGCGGAUGCAACCACGCUCAACAGCUAUAUCACCCACCUGACAUCUUCAGGCUCGCCGGAGGUCGUUGCAGAUGUCCUUUUCAUCAUACUGCCCGAGCUGCGUAUCAUUGACCACCCAUCCUGGGGCUCGUUAACCUCAGCACAGCGCGGCGCUCUCAGGCGGGAAUCCAAAGAGGUGUGUCUGCGCCGUGCAGUCCGACAUGGACCGUACGUCUUCGCCGCUAUCCUUAACGCGCUGGUCAAAGCAGGAAAGCUCGGGCUCGCGGAGCGGGUGUGGCUCCUGGCGAAGCAAGCUGAGAGUGCCAGUUGGAUCCCUGGGUUCGUGCCAGGCGUCGCGCCUUGGUUCCUACCUAUCCACGCGUACACAACGAUGCUUCAGGGCUAUGCGCACGAAGCGCGGAAGCGCAUAUCGCGGCUACGCCGAGAGCACGAUAUGACGGGUAUGGCAUCGCAUGACGACGAGCAGGUAUGGAGGGCAGUGUCAGCUCCCGCGGCUGGAUGGGCUCGCUUCACCUACGUUGCGAAGCAAUGGCAGAUUAGGACGAAGACGCGGCGGGCGUCAUGGCCCUUCGGCGUGGAGGCAUUGCUGUAUCGCUGCAUGCGGUCUGGUCCCUCAUGGCGUUACGGGGGUACGCCCCACGGUUGA